UCACACUCACACAGAUCAGCCAACACACCGCACAUCAUCUUCUCCAGCACACACUCAGACCGAGAGGAUGCAGACGGCACAACGUAGUCUCACCAAACAGAGACAGCAGCAGGCCAUGAUCCUGAGCAGAGAGGCAAAGGGAGGUCUGAACCUUGGGAAGAAGAUCAGCAUUCCUAGGGAUGUGAUGAUGGAGGAGCUGAACCUGAACACCAACAGAGGAUCCAUCAUGUUCCAGGAGCGCCAGAGGAGAGUGGAGAGAUUCACGCUGGAGAACUCAGCAAACGCUCCCUCCGUCUUAUACAACAACAUGGAACAGAACCAGAACCAGAACCAGAACCACAUGAUGACAGACAUGCAGGGAGGGAAAGAAAACCUGCUGUAUCCAGUGGCCGGUAAACACAGCCUCGUCACCACCCUCAAGAACACAGUGGCCAAGAAAGGAAGCCCAAACAUCCUGGCACCAGGCUACUCUGGACCGCUUAGAGAGAUCCCUCGAGAGAAAUUCAACGCCACAGUGAUCCCGAAGUCUUAUUGUUCACCGUGGCAGGAAGCCCUGGGAGAAAAUGAAGAGCUUGUGUCUUCACUCAACUCUCAGAUAGCGGAGCUGCCACAGAAACUCCCGCCAGCGAACUACAGGUGCUUUAACAGAGCUGCAGUGCCAUUUGGAGGUCCUGUGCGCAGUCAGAGGGUGAUUCCUGUUAUUGGCUUCGAAGCUCUGGAGACUCCAAAUCUUUCUGGCAUGACCUUGGCCACCAUGUCCAAACGACGCAACUUCAACAGAGCCCCGCGGGGAUGGGGCAUCGGAUACUCACCCGAGUCAAAUGACCUGUGAGCUCGGCAUUGAUCCACACCUGCAACAUUAGAGGAAAAGACUGUCGCGCCGUAAAGACCUGCGCUUUGCACUUUCAGGCCGUCCCAUUAUGUUCCCUGCAGGUGAAAGGCCAGAGGAGAGCAGCUAGAAAAUUAAACAUCAGGAUGAGGAGAUGGUUUUGGCUCAGUGCUGGAUGAAGGAAGUCUUGGUUGCUCUCCUAAACCGUUAAAGGAAUAGUUCAGCCAAAAAUGACAGUUUGCUGAAAGUUUUAUCCAUUCAAAGAUGUAGAUGAAUUUGUUAAUUCAUGGGUACAGAGUUGGAGAAAUGUAGCAUUACAUCACUUGCUCACUAAUGUAUCCUCUGCAGUGAAUGGGUGCCGUCAGAAUGAGAGUCCAAACAGCUGAUAAAAUGUUCAGCAAAUUGUCUCUUUGGAUGAACUAUUCCUUUAACACAGCUAUACAAUAAGAACUCUUAUAAUUAUUCAUAAUAGCCUUUGGCAUUUCAUAAUUGUAGACAUGCGAUAUGCGGUGUUCACGGUAGUGUUUCAAGUGUGCAGCAGGGGCCCCUAAAAUGUAUUUAGACACUUUAAGCACAUGGAAAAUAUGCGUUUGAUAUUGCAUUAGAUGACUAAACAUCAAAAAUCUAUUGUUUUCACACUGAACUCUUUUUUUGUCAAAUGUUUUUCUUGUAAAAUGUGUUUGUGCAUCUUUCUUAAAAUAAAAAGCACUUGCUUUGA